CAUUUUGCAGAACACCUAUUUCAGUUGGAGCAACUUCUGAACGGAAUUGCUAUGAUGAAAGAGCUCACUCCAAGAACAAAAGACUACUUAGCCUCUUUUGGAGAGUGCAUGUCCACACGAAUUUUUGCUGCCUAUUUGAAUAAAAUUGAUGUCAAAGCUCGCCAAUAUGAUGCCUUUGAUAUUGGUUUUAUAACAACCGAUGAAUUUACAAAUGCCGAAAUAUUAGAAGCAACUUAUCCAGCUGUUGCAAAGAGAUUGCAUGGUGAUUGGAUUAAGGAUCCUGCAAUUCCUAUUGUGACUGGCUUCCUUGGAAAGGGUUGGAGAACUGGUGCUGUGACUACAUUGGGUAGGGGUGGGAGUGAUUUGACUGCCACUACUAUUGGUAAAGCAUUGGGGUUAGGAGAAAUUCAGGUGUGGAAAGAUGUUGAUGGUGUUUUGACAUGUGACCCCAAUAUAUAUUCACGCGCAGAGCCAGUGCCAUAUUUAACCUUUGAUGAGGCAGCUGAACUUGCUUACUUUGGUGCUCAGGUCCUCCAUCCACAGUCGAUGAGACCUGCUAGGGAGGGUGAUAUUCCUGUUCGAGUUAAGAACUCAUACAAUCCGAAAGCUCCCGGAACCCUGAUUACUCGAGCAAGAGAUAUGAGUCAGGCAGUACUUACUAGCAUCGUCUUGAAACAAAAUGUAACAAUGUUGGAUAUUGUCAGCACCCGAAUGCUUGGUCAAUUUGGGUUUCUUGCUAAGGUGUUUUCAAUCUUUGAAGAAUUGGAAAUAUCUGUGGAUGUUGUUGCCACGAGUGAAGUUAGUGUUUCCUUGACAUUGGAUCCGUCCAAGCUUUGGAGCAGAGAACUGAUCCAGCAGGAACUAGAUCAUGUUGUGGAAGAACUCGAAAAAAUUGCAGUUGUGAAACUUCUACAGCGCCGAUCAAUCAUCUCUCUCAUAGGAAAUGUUCAGAGGUCGUCGCUGAUACUAGAAAAGGCAUUUCAUGUGCUUCGUACGAAUGGAGUCAAUGUUCAGAUGAUCUCUCAAGGUGCUUCAAAAGUCAACAUUUCAUUGAUAGUAAAUGACAGCGAAGCUGAACAAUGUGUUAGGGCCUUUCACUCUGCUUUCUUUGAGAGUGAUAUAUUAGGGCUUGUAUCAGGACCUGAAUCUGGAAAUGAUUCGAUAUGAAGAUGGAUGAUUGGAAAUUAACAUAAAUUUUAUCCACAAUAGUUGUUGCUCUCUGAUUCAUAUUUAAACAAGUAGUAGAUGUUCUUGUUUUCAGAAAAUUUAAUCGUGGGUAGGUACCAAUAGCAAUGUAUUUGAUGAAACUGUGCAACUACUUUGUUGAAUAUAUACUUUGGGUUAUCAAUUAA